UGUCUUCAGAUGAUCCUGCAUGCUGUCGCCACACCGACCACCAGAAAAACUCCUUCUGGGCUGUUGAGCAUUUCUGAUCCGUCUCUAGUGAACCCAGUUCUGGAGUCCGACGGAUCUCUGAGCCGAGCCAAGAUUUUACUCCAAAAGAGGAAGAGGAGACGAUCUUCACUGCUGGGAUCUUCGUCUGAAAUCAUCGGCUGCAGUUUCUGAUUUUCUCGGAACGUUUUCAGCCGUCAGUGAUGAAAAUCAACAUCCUGGGGACCAAAGUCCAUGUGGUCCUGGUGUUUCUGGGGACGCUGUGUGUCCUGCUGCUGUUUGGGUGCAUUGGGGUAAUCUCUUGGGGCGGUUGGAAAAUGAACCAACAGGAUGCAGCUCUGGCUCAUUUAAGUAAUCUGAAAAACCUAAAUGAAACAUUACAGGAAGAAACUGAGAAACUCAGCCAAAAAGUGGAGAACCUAAAUGAAAAAUCACAGAAUGAAACCAAGAAACUCAGCAGCCAAUUGGAGAACCUAAAUGAAAAAUUACAGGAAGAAACUGAGAAACUGAACCAGACCAUCCAGUUAAUCCAGAAAUUCAAGGCCUUCCUGUUCAAUGAGCAAUGCAACUACAAAGAGUGUCUGCCGUGUCAGACAGGUUGGAUCUACUUCAGUGAUUCUUGUUACUUAUUCAGUAAUGUUGAGAGGACCUGGGAUGGAAGUCGUUGGUUCUGUCAGAACAAAUCUGCUGAUCUGGUUGUUAUUAAUAAUCAGCAGGAACAGGAAUUCAUUUAUGGAAACAUAAACACAAACAAACUCUACUGGUUGGGACUACGGAAUUAUGGGAGAUAUGUGAAUUCUGUUUUGGAGAUGGACUGA